UGCAGAUGAGAAAAGGAUGCAGGAAAUUCUGUUGUUUACACAUGUGUCUCUUACACUGAGAAGCAAGAAGAGCCCAGCAAACUCAGAAGGUACAGAGUUGGGAUCAUCUAUCCAUGCUGAAGAGUGCAGGCAGAGUUCAGCCUACCAUAAAAUGAUUAGAAGCCCAAGAGACCACCAGCUUACUGUACAAGCCUACUUCAAUUGUUACAGCUGAAUGCAAAUUAUAAGGCAAGUUUUGCCUAGUGUGAAGUUCCACAGUUUGGGAAAGAAGGAGUGAAAUUAGAUGAUGAAUCAAAACGUGAAUUUAGACUCCAUUCAGAAACAAAUGGAAGAGAUAGAGGUUUUUGGGAAUCAACCAGCACAACCUGAUAAAUUAGAUAGAUGUUGGCAACCAGGUGGCCAUCUGUUUCAUUCAAAUUGUCCAUCUCAAAGUUUCUGCCCAAAUUCACCUCAUUAUGCACAUAUGCAUACAAGUUUCAGCAGUGAUUGGGAAAUUUUUGAAGCAGUAAAAAUUCAGGAACUGGAGGAAGUCAAAGCCAGAGCUGCCCAAAUGGAGAAGACCAUGCGCUGGUGGUCAGAUUGCACUGCUAAUUGGAGGGAGAAAUGGAGCAAAGUGAGAGGAGAAAGAAAUAAAGCACGAGAGGAAGCAAGACAAUUGAGAAUCAAAUUAGACAGUGUCAUAAAAGAGCUAAGUGUGCUUAAAAAAAUAAAUCAGGAUUUAGUAAGUGAGAAGGAAAACUUAGACAAUGGAACUGCUUGGAAAACGGAAUGCCAUUGCUCAGAAAUAUCCUAUAUUAAAAAAGACCAAAGCCUAUCAAUGUUUCUGGAACCAGAACCUCCAAAAGACCUAAGCAAAAUCAUCAAAAUUCCUGGGGCAGAAGACACAAAGAAGGAUGUAAACAAAGACCAAAGCAAUGACAAUAAAAAAAUCACCCCAAAGCCUCCCGAUUUCGUCCCCAAUGGAAUUCCCAGCAUCUGUUUGGAGGAACCUAAAAUAAGUUUGGGCACUACAGCUAAGACAACAGAGAAUGAUUUAAUAAAUGUAUCAGUCUUAAAUUUGCAUUUGGCUGAGAUGAGGAAAAUCCUACAGAAGGAAAGAGAAAUGAAUAUAUUUCUGGAGAAAGAAAUGGAAAAGAUGGAAAAUGAAUUAUUUCUUUGGAAAUGGAAAUAUGAAGAACUGAGACAAUCCAUGCUGGAAAGCCUGAAACAGAUGGAAAGAAUGCAGUGUGAGAAUGCCUCUGAAUGGGGAAAGAGAGAGCGACUAGAAGCAGAAAAACAUAGUUUGGAAGAAGAGACCAGAAAACUCAAAAUGAAGGGAGAAAUGACAAGUACAACAAGACUAGGAAGAAAAAGUGAAGACUAAGAGGAACAGAAGAGGAAUAAAGAGGCGGAAGGAAGUGAAGACAGGAUUUGGGACCAGGCAAAGUUCCUUGUCUGUUGUUGGAGACUGUGCCAUGACAGUGAGUGAAGAUAUGGGAGAUCACCACAAAGCCCUGCAGCAACAAGUCUAACAGCAAAGAGGAGAGGCCAACAUUGCUCAUAAAGACAUACAAGAAAGUGUCAUUGAAGAAGUGCAUGCCAGAGAUAUACAGGAAUACUGUAUGCAUUGUUUCUAUGUAUUCCUGAUUUUUUUAUAAGAACCAAGGAAUACAUGCUAGAGUCAGCGUGCAUAUUUCUAGAAGUUAUUUUGGCCAUUGUCAUUCCUUUCCAGUUGUUCUAGCUGUUCUCUUCUAAAGCAAAAGGUGGACUUUAAUUAAAAUGUUUUAUAUUUUACCUUUGGGAAAAAGGACUUUAAAAUGUGCAUGGUCUAUUAGAGAGAUUCAUAUUCUGCCCUGGGAAGGAGUUGAGUCUGAAAUGGAAGUCAGUGGCUUGUUUCUUGCUUUGCUUGUGUGUUUUACUUUCAUAAAAUGGUGGGAAAAAUACCUGUAUCACAGGACUCCCAGUUCUACACUUUUCUUUCAUUAGGAAAAAAAAAAGAAAAAAAAAAAAUUAAAUACUCAAAAAUUAUCACAUACACAUUUAGAUUAAAGAAAUAUCCUACACAUUUAGAUUAAAGAAAUAUCCUUUUCUUAUGUGUUUCUUAUACCCAUAGCAAAAUUAAUGCAUUUCAAAUUUAACAUAUUGUCUGCAUAUCACAUUUUUAUUUAAAUUUUACUUUAUUUAUUGUCCAUGAAAAAGAAUUGUAAAUGUAACGUAGGAAGUAACAUAAAUUAGAUAAACUGGAAAAGCAAAUUUUGAGAAUUUUAGAAAAUUCACAAUUUAUAAAAACAUCAGCAACUUUCAGCCAUCAAGGGAGACAUAAAAUAUAAUUUUGUUUGCCAUGUGCAAUUGAUAAUGAGUACAUGCAGAUUCUAUUUUCCAAGGAUUGCUGUAAUUGCUCAGCAAUAUGUUUGUUUCAUUCUUUAUAUCCCUAUAAACUGAAAACAUAUCUUAGGGCUCUAGUAGUAUUUAAAGCUGUGUCCUAUCUAAGAGGGGGUUGUUAGAUCUCUUGAUUUCUUUUGUAACCUGGGACCAUACAAAAAGUGAAAAACAUCAAAUAUUAUUGAAUACACAGGAAUCACAUUUUUCCCAGGAAUUCUCUGAGCUGCAGAUGCUUGGAAGCUGGGAACAAAAUGUUCUUAUUACCCUCUCAGAGCUUCAGGCUGCUGGCAGAAGUUUCUGUGUUUUGACUACAUUUAUACAUUCUUAACCCUUUUUCAUGUUUGUAAUGCUGAACUAAUUUCAGCCACUACCCCUCAGUACAUACUAAGGGAUAUACAGUCAGAGAAUUCUGUCUUUGUUUCCAGUAGCUGAUUCACAACUUCAUCAACAAGGCACAGAGAUACUGUGAGAAAAUUUAUUUUUAAAUGGAGUUUAAACAUGUAAUACUUACAAGAAUUGACAAUAAAAAAAGAUUUAUAAUUUUUUUUCUAAUUCAAACUUCCUCCCUUUAUUAGCUCAGUGGUACAAGGUUUUAUAUUAGACAAAAGAUCUCUGGUCUUGUUCCAAACAUUGUGAAAUGGCACACUGACUUUCUCUAAAACUCCAUCUGCUUUUCUCGUGCCAGUGUCUUCACGAUGCCACAGUGUGUGAAAUGGAUGCAUUGAAAAUGUUGAUGUGAACAAUAGAAAUGGAAAGUGCAUAAUUAUUGAUUUUUAAGUGCUGUAGCAGCCAAAUGUGCUUCUAUGGUUACACUGAAGCACUUGAAAAAAUGGCAAAGCAACAGCUUACUGACAAAAGCUUGUAUCAUUUAGAUAAACUUUAGAGAUAAGACCUCUCUCUAUUUUUCCCUCCGACAAGCCAUUAGAAAUAUAACUCUUUUAGAGAUAAAGUAUGGUUUCAGCACUGACCAGAAAACCUAUAAGCUCCAGAGUAUUUUUUUUUUUAAGCCCACGGUAGUAACUGUGCAAAAAUCAAGUCAAAUGAUAUUAGGAAUUACUGGGGAUAUUGGGAUUCUGUCUUUUCUGUCUCUAUUUCUAAAUCUGUAGGAAAAACAAAUAAUGCUUAAUUGGUGAUGGAGAACGUUUCUGUGCUAACAGCUUGGUAGUGUAACAUGGAUAGUGAGGAAAAUCAAACCAGAAGCUAGUUUCUGCUGCUCUUUCUAACUCUACUGUAAACCCUUUCAUAUGUGUUCACUGUAUUAUACUACCCAGCAGGUGGGAUACACCUGGCUGGUCAAAAAGUCAUGGUGACAAUAAAAUAUCACCACAUGAUGGUAGUUUUAAAAUUUAUAUUUCAGAAUGUCAGUGCAGUAUCUUUUCUUUCUCAUGAGAAAUUUUUAGUUUCUUUUGGGGUAGUUAAUAUUGAUAUUUUUCCCACACAUAUCUUUCUGAUCACUUAUUGAUCAUAUUUUAUUUUCAGGCACCUUCUGAAUAGCACUUUUUAAGUUUUCUUUCUUGCCUCUUAUAGGUCACAUAAGAUGCCUUAAUUUUUCAUGAUUUCUCCCUAUUGCCUGAGACAGAGAAAACUCAGCCACUUCCAUUAUAGAAAUAAAAUGUUUAUCUCAUCUUUAUAUACACAGAGAACUUCAGAGGCCUCUCUGAAGAAGUAAACCCAUUAUUUAGUCACUUGAAAGUGAGUCAAAAUAAGAUGAUGUAUGAUUACCCUGGCUAGAGCUGAGAAUGUGUGAGAAUGCUAAUUUAUGAUCUUUUCAUAAUAAUAGUAGAAUGUUUCCUGAUCUUAAAUAUAAAUCUAUGAUAUUUGCUAUAUACCAAUGUUUCCUCCUCACAUUUUCCAUGUGGGAAGAGAAGAUGUACACAUUUGUGCAGGAAUAAUUUACUCAAGGUCACCAAGCAUAAUUAUGGGAAAGCCAAGAAAACUAACCUUAAAUCUGGUAGCAAAUAAUUGAGCUGUUCAUCUUUUGAGAUGAAUGGUGCCUAAAAGAGUGGAAAAAAUAGUCUUUCCUAUUUUCCUUUGUAAGAUAACAAAUAGCAUGAAUCUUUUAUGUGGAUCAAUUUAGCAAACUGAUUAUAAACACUGUGAUAGAAUGACAUGGAAAUAAUUUUCACAAUGCUCAAUUAAACCUUGUUUAAUACCACAAA